CUGUUUAUGGAGUAUAUUUGUGUAUAACAUCUUCGAAAUGGCAAACAAUUGUAAUGACUUACAUAUUGGGUAUGAUUUAACAAUAUUGCAAUAUAUUGUAAUGUUUGUAAUGUACUGUAUUAAUAUUGUGUUCGCAGGUGUGAUGUCAAACAUCGGAACCCUAACUGCAGCCCAUCGUUACGGCACACAUAAGGCAUUUAAAGCCAAGUGGCCGUUAAGAGUGAUAUUAGUUGUAUUGCAAACACUUUCUGGUCAAAAGACAUUGAUAGAGUGGGCUCGCGAUCAUCACACCCACCAUAAGUAUGAGGGCACUAAUGCCGAUGCGGUUAACAUAAACCGUGGCUUUUUCUUCGCGCAUAUGGGAUGGCUUAUGCUUAAGAGACAUCCGGAAUGCGAACAAAAGCGAUCCAAUGUUAAUGUCGACUAUCUUUGGUCCGAUCCUAUCGUACGCUUUCAAUACAAUUAUUACGAACCAUUGGUUGCCGUCUUUUGUAUCAUAAUUCCCACAUUAAUUCCCAUAUAUUUAUUCAACGAAACAAUUGUUAACAGUUUUCAUUUGUGUUUUCUGAUACGCUAUGCAUACACUCUUCAACUAUCCUUUUGUGGCAAUUCAUUGGCGCAUAUAAAUUAUGGAUCAAAACCAUAUGACAAGUCUAUGACUUCAGUACACAACGAUCAUUUAAUAUAUGCCACAUUAGGAGGUGCUUACCAUAACUACCAUCACGUCUAUCCAUGGGAUUAUUCUGAGAGUGAAUUUGGAUGGGAUGUGAAUUUCAAUGUGAACACAGCAUUCAUUGAUUUGUUUCACGCAAUCGGUUGGGCGUAUGAUCUGAAAAAAGCUCCGAAGGAUAUGAUUGAAAAACGUAAAGAAAGAACGGGUGGACAACAGAAACUCAAUUUUAUCCAAAAGAAUCCAAUUUAUGAUUGGAUUUAUGGCUUCUUUUUAAGUUCUAUUGCCGUUUGGAUAUUAUUGCCCACAAAAGCUAUUUAUAACGCAUUGAAUGAGGUU